CUCCAGUCCAGUAGGUGGUGGUAGAGCUGUAUUGUUGUGUUGAGCAGCACCGUCACUGUGCAGUCGAGGAAGCCGACAUGGCAGCAACCACCAUGAAGGGACCUGUAGCGGUUGAAGAUGUGAAUGUCACUUUUGAAGACCAACAGAAGAUCAAUAAGUUCGCCAGGAACACGAGUCGCAUGACGGAGCUGAAAAAUGAAAUAGAGGCAAAGAAAAAAUCGCUGCAGAACUUGCAGGAUGCCGGCGACGACCUGAUGAUGUUAGACGACGACUCGCUAUUGAUCCCGUAUCAAAUUGGCGACGUCUUUGUCAGCCACACCCAGGAAGAAACACAAGAGAUGCUGGAAGUUGCAAAGGAAACACUGGAGCAGGAGGUCAAAGGCCUGGAGGAACGAGUGUCAGCGAUACAGCAAGUAUUGGGGGAUCUGAAGGUCCAGCUCUAUGCCAAGUUCGGUAACAACAUUAACCUGGAGGCUGAUGAAAGCUGAGCCGUGAAAUGGACUUUGACAGCUGCCCCGACACGGACUUUUUCAUGCAGCUCUCGUAUCCGAUCCUCAGAGCGUUUGCCAAACAAAACAUCAAGUAGGACUCGGCAUGAACAUUUUUUGUUUGCACCCAUGUUGUAUGAUUCUUCAGUUUAGCUUUGUCAAACAAAUUCACAAGGACAACAAAAGUAAAGAUUUGAAAAUAAAAUAAAUGCACAUCAUUUCUAACAUA